AGACCACCUUACAAAACAAGAACAGUAGCGUCAUCAAACUAUCAAAUCAAUCAUGGCGCACGUCCGUCCAUUGCUCCUCCUAGCGACCAUCUUCGCUGCCGCGGCCAAUAAUGCCAUGGCGACCACGCCGACGAGCGACGGGACGACACUUCCUCCGGUGCCGGACGCGCUGGAGCUCCCGCCGCUCCCGUCGCCGGCGGUGCCGGCGUGCCUGCAGGAGCUGGCGGUGUGCGCGUCCGUGUACCAGGACAGCUCCAAGCUGGCGCCGUGCUGCAGCUCGGUGAAGAAGGUGAUCAAGAGCGACAAGGCGUGCAUCUGCAGCGCGCUCGGCGAGGCCCAGAAGGCCCUGGAGCAGCUCAAGCAGCAGCAGCAGCCCGGGAUGAACGCCACCGCCCUCGACGGCCUCGAGAUGUUCCGCCAGUGCAAAAUGCCUACCGACAGCUGCGACCCCGCCAAACCUGCAGGUUCCCAAAAUGUAGGAAAUGCGGCUCCUGGUGCCAGGUCGAUUGGUCGAUUUGACAUCAUGCUUCUCCUCCCGUUGUUCUUCCUACUGUAAAUCAUGGAUUACCGGCACCGUCCUUUGCUUCAUUUUCCAUGUUUCCCUCAUUCUCAAUAUAUGUAAUAUCAUGUACUCCCUCCUUUUGGCGUUUUGGUUAUGUUAAGACAAGCUUUUGAUAAAAACAAAAUACCUUAUUAAUAUGUACCCUAUCCGUCACAUAAUUCUUAUAUCAAAUUUGCACAAUGGAUGUAUCUGUUUCUAAAAAAAAUUUAGAUACAUGUAAUAUUUCGACAAGAGUUAUGGGACGGAGGGAGUAACUUAUAUGAUACGAAAUCAUGAUUAUUAGCAAGAACUUUAAAGACGAAUCUAUAGAUAUAAAUUUCAUUUAUGAAAAAACACGUAUUAAUAGAGUUAUCAUUGAUCAAAGCCUUAUCUUAACAAAACCAAAUACGCCAAUCUUUAUGAAAAGGAGGGAGGAUGUUGUAUGUCUACGGAACAAAUUGAAAGAAGAGACAAUGGUUUAUUGUUAA